CACAGCGGUCACUCUGUUUUUUGAGCUUGAUCCCGCCAUUUGUUCUCUCGUAGCGUCAGUCGCGAAAAGUGCAGUGCAGUGAUUGAAAAUUGAAAAAUUAAAAGUAAAAUGGAGGAUCAAGAUCGUGGACGCAGGCGUCCAUACGCCGAUGAGGACCCUUCCUCAUCUCCUGAACAGCAACCAAGAUCAAAAAUAUUUAAAGGGCCAUCAGGUGGUACGGCUUCUGAUGCCUGUGCCAGUUCUUCGGGAUCUGAUCAGCCCUCGGCUGCCAGACAAGAAAGACGAGAGGGCGAAAGUGGAGCCGACCGACGUCCACGAGGCGAUCGGUUUGAUUUUGUGAACACUCGUCCGGCUGACAUAUUAAGCAAGAAGGGGACAGAUGGACAGCAGAUAAGCUUGCAAUCAAACUUUUUUCGGUUGAAGACGAAGCCGGAGUGGCGUAUUGUCCACUACCAUGUACAGUUCGAGCCGAGCAUUGAGAAUCCACGCGUCCGAAUGGGAAUACUUUCGGAUCACUCUAAAGUCCUGGGAUCGGGCUAUCUAUUCGACGGGAUGCAAUUGUUUACAAUCCGUAAAUUAGAGAAGGAUGUAUCAGUUCUGCGGGGAAAAUCAAAGUUGAAUAUUGAUUAUACCAUAACGGUCAAGUUUGUGGGAUUUAUUUCAACAGUCGAGCCUCGAUUUUUGCAAGUCCUUAACUUGAUUUUGCGCCGAUCCAUGAAGGGUCUUAAACUGGAAUUGGUUGGGCGAAAUCUCUUUGAUCCCCAUGCAAAGAUCCCUAUUCGAGAGUUUCAAAUGGAACUCUGGCCGGGCUAUAACACCUCGAUCCGGCAACAUGAGCAAGAGAUUUUAUUAUGCACGGAAAUAACGCACAAAGUUAUGAGAACAGAGACAGUCUAUGACAUAUUGCGACGCUGUUCGCAAAAUCCAUCCCGCCACCAGGAUGAAUUUCGUAUGAAUGUGUUGGACCUGGUGGUACUUACGGAUUACAACAACAAAACUUACCGCAUUAAUGAUGUGGACUUUGGUCAAACACCAAGGUCAACGUUUGAUUGCAAGGGAAAAAGUGUUAGUUUCGUGGAGUACUAUCUGGCUAAAUACAACAUACGAAUCCGCGAUCAAAAUCAACCUUUGCUUAUAUCAAAGAAUAGGGACAAGGCCCAGAAAACUAAUGCUAGUGAUGUGGUAGUCCUUAUUCCUGAGCUCUGCCGAGUGACUGGCCUCACCGAUAAUAUGCGUUCGAACUUCCAACUAAUGCGUGCCAUGUCUGAGCAUACUCGUAUGAACCCAGAUCGCCGCAUCGACCGCCUGCGGAGAUUUAACCAUCGUUUGCAAACAACAACCGAGAGUGUAAAGGUACUCAAGGAUUGGAAUAUGGAUCUUGAGCAAAAUUUAACUGAGCUCAAAGGCCGCGUACUUUCGGUUCAGAAAAUUGUAUUCCAAGCCGGAAAAUCUAGUGCUGGCGAUAAUGCCGACUGGACACGAUCCUUCCGCGACAAUCAUUUGUUUACCACUCCCCGAGAGGGCCUUGAUCGCUGGGUAAUUAUUGUCCCCGAUCGGAUGUCGUACGAUUCCAGAACUUUGUUGGAAAAUUUGAUGAGGGCCGCAAAUGGAAUGGGCUUUCAAAUUAGAAGACCCGAAGAAAUGAAGAUCUAUGAUGACCGCACUCCCUCCUAUAUACGAGCUAUGGAUGACUGUGCUCGCAUGGAUCCCAAACUGAUCUUAUGCCUGGUUCCUAAUAACAACGCUGAAAGAUACUCGGCAAUCAAGAAGAGGGGCUACGUUGACAGGGCCGUGCCGACUCAAGUUGUCACGGCCAAGUCGGUCAAGAACCGUGGCCUCAUGAGCAUUGCCACGAAGAUUGCCAUUCAGCUGAAUUGCAAACUAGGCUACACCCCUUGGAUGAUCGAAGUGCCUACAAAGGGGCUGAUGACCAUUGGCUUUGACAUUGCCAAGAGCACGCGUGACCGGAAGAAGGCUUACGGGGCCCUAGUGGCCUCUAUGGAUCUGACAAGGAAUUCAACGUACUUCAGCACUGUGGCGGAAUGCAGUGCUUACGACGUUCUGUCUAAUACUCUUUGGCCAAUGAUGGCAAAGGCCCUCAAACAGUAUCAGCUGGAACAUCAGAGUUUACCUAUUCGCAUCCUUUUCUAUCGGGACGGUGUGAGCUCUGGCUCCCUGAAGCAGCUGUUUGAGUACGAAGUGAAGGACAUUGUGAAGAACUUAGAUGAGCAGUACAAGAACGCUAAUGCGGAUCCCCCUAGCUUUGCUUACGUAGUAGUCACCAGAUCAAUGAACGUGCGCUUCUUUCACAAUGGAAGGCAGAAUCCGCCACCAGGAACGGUUGUUGAUGAUGUGGUCACUCUGCCCGAGAGAUAUGAUUUUUAUUUGGUAUCACAGAAGGUGAACCAGGGCUCAGUAUCGCCGACCAGCUACAAUGUGCUUUAUAGCAACAUUCGGUUCAGUCCGGACCAAAUCCAGAGGAUUACAUAUAAAAUGUGUCAUUUGUACUACAACUGGUCAGGAACCACGCGUGUGCCCGCAGUUUGCCAGUAUGCAAAAAAAUUGGCUACCCUUGUCGGCACUAACUUACAUGCCAUUCCUCAGAAUGCUUUGGAGAAAAAGUUCUAUUAUCUAUAAAUAGAACCAGACGAUGAUGAUCUGCAGUAAGCCUACACGAAUGUGUGUAGCUUUUAUAAUUUCCUUACCAUUAUUAAAUUUAUUCCUACUUACCUUUUUUCAUGAGUUUACUUUUGCUACUUAAUUGGACUACGAAUAAGUUUGAAAACAAUCCUCUGCACUAUUUGUUUUUUGAAAUUCGGAAUAUAAUUACUUUAUUAUUUAUAUUUAAUAUAUAUAUAUUACUUUAUAUAAAGAAAUACAUACACAUACGCUCACUUGCUUAUA